AUGUCCGAGGAUGAUGCAGGCGUGCAUCGCUUGGAGGGCACUUCAGGCCAGGGGCAGCGUGGUGGCCUGGUGCUCAAAAAGCCCAAGGACAGCAGUUGUGAAAGCCCCAGCUUUAAGGUUCCAAAAGGCUCGGUGCUGGGCCUGGACAAGUUAGCUGCCAAGCGACGUGCUGAGAAAGCGCGCUUGAUCUCAUUUCAGGAUAAUGAGUACGAUGACGGCGGCACGCCCUCGAGCACACCCAACACCACGCCCGCCAGCGAAUUUGCUUUCAAGAAACCAGAUACGAAGAGCUUUGAGAAGCUUAGUCGGCAGCUACGCGAACAUAAAGACGAGACGCCAUCACACACGGGCGGCGUCUCGGAGAAGGCUAGAGAGCGGCUACGCGAGCACAUUCAACGUGAUCGGGAUCGCCACAAGGGCGCAGUGCGUAAAACGACGCACGAUGACUCAGAUGGCAAACGGGAUCGCGAUAGGGUAAGAGACAGAGACAGAGAGCGUGAGCGUGACAGACAGCGUCGUGGCGAUGAGAGACGCAAACGGGCACGAGAACAGGAUCAGGAGCUGUACAGAGAUGGCAGACGGAGGGAUCGGGAUCGAGAUCGCAACCGGGAUCGUUCUGUGUCGGUGCGCAGCGUGCACACGCCCAGAGAGCCGGGCACACCAAGUGGCGGUGUCUCCGGCAGCUCAUGGGAUGAUGACGAUGGCGAGGGCAUCGGUGGGCGCAAAUCCGACUGGGACUUUCCCACACCACGAGGCGCUGGCUCUGGUUACGGCAGUGGAGAUUGGUCCGAGAGGGGCAGCAGUCGCAGCAAGUAUCACAAUGCAGACGACACGACACGUGCAACGCCCGCACAUCGUUACAACCAAUGGGCGCACGAUCGCAAGCGCAGCGGCGCCACGCCCUGGGCUGACGAUGCCGAGUUGCGUGACCUGUGGGAAGAGGAGCAGCGACGUCUCGACCGUGAAUGGUAUAACAUUGACGAGGGCUACGACGACGAAAACAAUCCGUUUGGCGGCACCAACGCCGAAUACUUUCGCCGCCGCGAAGAGCAGCUGGAGCAGAAGCGAAAGAAGCGCAUCAGUGCCCAGCAGCGGCAAAACAAUCGCGACAACGAGCUAUGGGAGCGUAAUCGAAUGUUAACUUCCGGCGUUGUCACCUCUAUCAAUGUCAGCGACGAUUUCGACGAGGAGGCGCUGGAGCGAGUUCACUUACUGGUGCAUCAUAUAGUGCCGCCCUUUUUGGACGGUCGCAUUGUGUUCACCAAGCAGCCGGAGCCAGUGGUGCCCGUCAAGGAUCCCACCUCGGAUAUGGCCCUGCUGGCACGCAAAGGCAGCCUCCUGGUGCGCAACUAUCGUGAGCAGAAGGAGCGCCGCAAGGCGCAGAAGAAACACUGGGAGCUGGGCGGCACCAAGCUGGGCAACAUUAUGGGCGUGCAGCGGCCGCAGGACGAAGACGAUGCCAAAUUCGAUAGGGACAACGAUACGGCCGACUAUCGCAAGGAUCAAAAGUUCGCCGAUCACAUGCGCGACAUGCAGGACAACAAAGGCAAAAGCGAAUUCUCACGAAAGAAGACCAUCGGCGAGCAGCGUCGGUUUUUGCCCGUCUUCGCCUCCCGCCAGGAGCUGCUUAACGUCAUACGCGAAAACUCGGUGGUCAUCAUCGUUGGCGAAACGGGCAGCGGCAAGACCACACAACUAACUCAAUAUCUGCACGAGGAUGGCUACAGCAAACGGGGUAUGAUUGGCUGCACCCAGCCACGUCGUGUCGCCGCCAUGUCGGUGGCAAAACGCGUCUCCGACGAGAUGGACACUCAAUUGGGCGAGGAUGUCGGCUAUGCUAUACGUUUCGAGGACUGUACUUCGGAGCGCACAGUUAUCAAGUACAUGACCGAUGGCAUUUUGUUGCGUGAGAGCCUGCGCGAUCCGGACCUGGACAGUUAUGCGGCCAUCAUUAUGGACGAGGCGCACGAGCGGUCGCUCUCAACGGAUGUGCUCUUCGGAUUGCUGCGUGAGAUUGUGGCACGGCGUCAUGACCUGAAGCUGAUUGUCACCUCCGCCACCAUGGACUCGACCAAGUUUGCCACGUUCUUUGGCAAUGUGCCGACAUUCACCAUACCCGGCCGUACGUUUCCGGUGGAUGUGAUGUUCAGCAAGAAUGCGUGCGAGGAUUACGUGGAAUCGGCCGUUAAACAGGCGCUGCAGGUCCAUUUGACGCCCAAUGAGGGUGACAUGCUGAUCUUUAUGCCCGGUCAGGAGGACAUCGAGGUUACCUGCGAGGUGCUGGAGGAGCGUCUCAGCGAAAUCGAUAAUGCACCAGAGCUGAGCAUCUUGCCCAUCUACUCACAGCUGCCGUCCGAUCUGCAGGCGAAGAUCUUUCAGAAGUCCGCCGAUGGCGUACGCAAAUGCGUGGUGGCCACCAAUAUUGCGGAGACGUCGCUAACCGUGGAUGGCAUCAUCUAUGUGAUUGACUCUGGCUACUGCAAGCUGAAGGUGUACAAUCCGCGCAUCGGCAUGGACGCCCUACAAAUCUAUCCGAUCUCGCAGGCGAACGCCAAUCAGCGUUCGGGUCGUGCUGGUCGCACAGGACCCGGCCAGGCGUUCCGACUCUACACGCAGCGACAAUACAAGGACGAACUGCUAGCGCUGACUGUGCCCGAAAUCCAGCGUACCAAUUUGGCCAAUACUGUGCUGCUGCUCAAGUCUUUGGGCGUGGUCGAUCUAUUGCAGUUCCAUUUCAUGGAUCCACCGCCCCAGGACAACAUCUUGAAUUCUCUUUACCAACUGUGGAUAUUGGGCGCACUGGAUCACACGGGUGCCCUAACUACCCUGGGCAGACAAAUGGCCGAGUUCCCACUGGAUCCGCCACAAUGCCAGAUGCUCAUCGUAGCCUGCCAAAUGGAGUGCAGUGCCGAAGUCCUUAUCAUAGUAUCCAUGUUAUCCGUGCCAUCAAUAUUCUAUCGACCCAAAGGACGCGAAGAGGAGGCGGAUGGUGUGCGCGAAAAGUUUCAGGUGCCCGAAUCGGAUCACUUAACCUACCUCAACGUCUAUCUGCAGUGGAAGCAGAACAGCUAUAGCUCCACGUGGUGUAAUGAACACUUCAUACACAUUAAGGCAAUGCGUAAGGUGCGUGAGGUGCGACAACAGCUUAAGGACAUAAUGACGCAGCAGAAGAUGAACGUCAAGUCGUGUGGCACCGAUUGGGAUAUUGUGCGCAAAUGCAUCUGCUCCGCCUAUUUCUACCAGGCAGCACGUCUGAAGGGCAUCGGGGAAUAUGUAAAUCUGCGGACGGGCAUGCCGUGCCAUCUGCAUCCAACAUCGGCGCUUUAUGGGCUGGGCACCACGCCCGACUACGUUGUCUACCAUGAGCUAAUUAUGACCGCCAAGGAGUAUAUGCAGUGUGCCACCGCAGUCGAUGGCUACUGGCUGGCGGAGCUGGGACCGAUGUUCUUCUCCGUAAAGGAAACUGGGCGCAGCGGCCGCGACAAAAAGAAACUGGCCGCUGAGCAUCUGAAGGAAAUGGAGGAGCAAAUGUUACAGGCCCAGCACGAGAUGGAGGAGCGCAAACAGCUGGCGGCCCAGCGUGAAGAGCAGCUAGCGGGCAAACAGGAGAUCGCAACGCCAGGCAAUGCUACGCCACGCCGCACGCCCGCUCGCAUCGGCCUCUGAAAAUUAACAACAUUAAUAUAUAGUGUGUAUUUCAAUUGAUAUGUGUAUGUAUUUGUAUUUUGACUGUUAAGACUAUCUUUUGGUUUUUCUAUAUCGAAGAAUAAAUUAGCCAAAUAAUGAGAA